AUGCCCAUGUACGAUGGAACAACCGACCCCAGAGAGCACAUCUUGACCUACAAGCAGCGAAUGAUGACAAUCCCAGUUCCCAAGCACAUGAGGGAAGCUAGUCUUUGCAAAGGAUUCGACUCGACACUGAUCGGACCCGCUUUGAAGUGGUUAACCAGCCUGCCAAACGGAUGCAUCACUUCCUUUGCCCAUCUCGACAACAUGUUCAAUCAGCAAUUUGCUAGCAGCAGAGGUAUGGAGAAGCAAACAAGUGACAUGUACCGUGUGGUCCAACGCCCAGACGAACCUCUGAAGGAUUACAUAGCUCGGUUUAUCAGAGAGAAGGUGACUGUACCAGAGUGUGACGUCCCAACUGCAAUUGAAGCGUUCAGACAAGGAUUGUAUGGUGAGACCGACCUAUGGAGGGAUCUAAUCAAAUACCCCUGCAAGACGUUCGAAAAAGCCCAGGCCAAAGCAAUGACUCAAGUCAGGUUGGAAGAAACUCUUUACUCCAGGAAGGGAACUAACGACUACACCAAGACGGACAGGCGACUACCUUAUCCCAAGAGAAGCAAUGAUCGUCCUGCCCCUUAUUCCCGACCUCAACAUGUAGCAGUGGUGGAAGAAGACGAUGACUCUGAUUGGAAGAACAGUCCAGACCUUCCCCCGAGAAUUAACGAAUAUUCUUUUUGUGUUGACACUGUAGGUUUGAUGAACCACCUAUCAAAGAUGGGGAAAGCAGUGCAAUGGCCGCCAAAAUCCAGCAAACCCGACUCGAAGAAGGAUCCCUCAAAGUGGUGUGACUUCCAUGCUGACAUUGGCCACACUACCAACGAGUGCGUGGCGUUAAGAAGAGAAGUGGCUUACUUACUCAAGAACGGAUUCCUCAAGGACGUUAUGUCAGACAAAGCUCCGAAGAGGCAUGCUCAAGAGAAUGAGGUCGACAGACCAACCCGAGCCGUAGCCGCGAAGUAUCUAACCCCUAUAUCUUUUGAUGAACUUGAUGUAGGGGACAUCUCCGAUAAACAUCACGAUGGUUUGAUAAUAUCCAUCCAUGUCGGAAACUAUAUGAUCAAACGAGUCCUGGUCGAUAACGGCAGCUCCACCAAUGUCAUGAUGCUCGACGCCCUUAAAGAGAUGGGGCUCAACCUAGACACAGAUGUCGUCAAGAAGUCCACAGUUUUGAUAGGGUUUAGCGACGAAGCAAAGACCAUCUUUGGAGAAGUCACUUUACCCGUCUACACCCAAGGGGUCAACCAACAGUCCAGUUCCGACCCGACAGGUUACAAGGAGCCCAAGUCCGAACAGCUCGACGAAGUCAUCUUGGAUCCUGCAAAGCCAGAGCAAGUUGUCUUUAUUGGAUGUGAUGUGCCUGACAACAUCAGGUCGGAGCUUAUAACAUUUCUCAAAGCCAACGCAGAUUGUUUCGCAUGGUCCCAUGAAGAUAUGUCAGGUAUCAGCCCAGACGUCAUCACUCACAAACUCAGUGUUGAUCCACAUCACAAGCCCGUCAAACAGAAACGACGGAAAUUCGCUCCAGAACGCAAUCAAAUCAUCAACGACGAGGUUCAGCAACUACUAGACACCGGGAAGAUCAGGGAAGUCAAAUACCCAGAUUGGCUGGUCAACGUCGUAGUAGUCAGAAAGAAGAACGGGAAAUGGCAUGCUUGCAUAGACUUCACCGACAUCAACAAAGCAUGCCCUAAAGACUCCUUUCCACUACCCCACAUCGACGCCAUGGUUGAUGUUACUGCUGGGCAUGAGAUGCUCACCUUCAUGGACGCAUUCAGUGGAUAUAAUCAGAUCUUGAUGCGGCCAGAUGAUCAAGAGAAGACCGCCUUCAUCACGGAACGUGGAACUUACUGUUACAAAGUCAUGCCUUUCGGCUUGAGGAACGCUGGCGCUACCUAUCAACGCCUCGUCAACAAGAUGUUCAGAAAACAGUUAGGAGACACUAUGGAAGUCUACAUCGACGACAUGCUGGUAAAAUCCAAGAAAGCUUCAGAUCAUAUCUCACACCUCCCACAAGCCUUCGACGUAUUACGAGAAUACAACAUGAAACUCAACCCCACCAAUCUCUCACCUCGAAACCAAAAGGACGUGCAGAAGUUGGCAGGAAGAGUGGCCGCUCUCAACCGUUUCAUCUCCAGGUCGUCAGAUAAAUGCAAAUUGUUUUACGACAUCCUCAGGAAAAACAAGAAGUUCAGCUGGACCAACCAACACGAAGCUGCGUUGCAGCAACUCAAACAGUACUUGUCGGAGCCUCCGCUGCUAUCGAAACCAAAAGAUGACGAAGAAUUACAAGUGUACCUCGCAGUCACAGAGUCGACAAUUAGCGCAAUCCUAGUACAAGAAGAAGACGACAAACAAUUACCCGUCUACUAUGUCAGUAAGUCCUUAAUAAGCGCCGAAACAAGGUAUGAACCUCGCACAACCAUCAAGUCGCAGGCUCUAGCAGAUUUUGUGGCUGACUCCAGCCCAAGUAUCCAACAUGAAGACGACAUGGAAGUCAACAUGCUAACCGAUGAUGGACUCUCAUCCACAUGGACCCUACACACUGACAGCUCCUCCAACAUACGGGGAACAGGUCUGGCAAAAGAUUCUAAGAUGCAGGCCUACCCGGAAAUAGCCAAAAAAAUCGUCAGCAAAUUCGACUCAUGUACCCUGCAACAAAUACCAAGAGAUCAAAAUACCCAGGCUUACGCCUUAGCCAACCUUGGCUCAAACAUCAAACCCAAGCUCACCACCAUCCCAGUAGUCCACUUGGUGUACCCAGCCAUCACAAAAGACAACUUACCCAUCACUGAGCAAACUCCACCAACUCAAAUGCCCACAUCAUGGCGCGACCCCUACAUAUAUUGGCUCAAACACCAUACCAUCCCACCUGGAAUCACCUACGAAAAAUCCUUCCGUAUGAAAGCUUCCAGAUUCAUCCUAAUCCAUGGGGUACUGUUCAGGAUGUCAAUUGCAGGACCAUACCUGAGGUGCUUAGAUCAUGACGAGAUCGUGUCAACAUUGAGGAACAUCCAUGAUGGCGAAUGCGGAAAUCACGCCGGAGGACGAAGCUUAGCACAUAAAACUCUAACCAUGGGAUAUUUUUGGCCAACUAUGAAGAAAGAUGCGAUCACCUUCGCCAGGAAAUGUGACUCUUGCCAACGGUUUGCAUCUAUCUCUCACCAACCUUGUGAAGAACUCCAACCCAUCUUGUCCCCUUGGCCCUUCAUGAAGUGGGGAAUGGAUAUAGUGGGUCCCUUACCACAAGCGCCAGGGCAACGCGUCUUCAUGUUGGAAAUGACCGAUUACUUCUCCAAAUGGAUCGAAGUAGAAGCAUUCAAACGAGUCCGAGAUACUGAGGUCAUCUCAUUCAUCAAGAGGAAUGUCCUUAGCCGUUUCGGAAUUCCCUCCGAGAUCGUCUACGAUAACGGUUCUCAGUUCAUCAGCAAUAAAACCAAAGAAUUUUGUGGCAGGUACAACAUCACCUUGCACACCUCAACACCAAGGUACCCUCAAGAAAAUGGCCAGGCUGAAUCAAGUAACAAGAUCAUCAUCAACAACCUCAAGAAACGCCUCGAUGACGCCAAAGGAAGAUGGGCAGACGAACUACCUAUGAUCCUUUGGGCUGACAGGACGACACCCAAGACGGCAACUAAUCAUACUCCUUUCUCUUUGGUCUUCAGUUGCGAAGCUGUUAUCUCUCCCGAAGUCGAACUCCCCACGGAAAGAAGUAGUUCCAUGACACCAGGGAUGAACGACUCAGUCCUAUCCUACGACAUCGACACCGUUGACGAACUCAGGGAAGCAGCAUUGGUCAGGAUGGCAUCCUACCAACAGGCAGUCGCAAAAAAUUACAACAACAAUGUCCGAGUUCGAGUAUUCCAACAGGGAGAUUGGGUUCUGCGCAAGGUCUUUCCAAAUAAGAAGGAUCCUCGACACGACAAGUUGGCCCCGACCUGGGAAGGGCCCUAUCAGAUCGUAAGACGAACAGGUCAUGGCGCGUACGAAUUGGUCGAUAGAGACGGAAAACUGGUGUCCACCAACAUCAUGUCGACAUCCCCAUACUGGGGACGGCACGACACAUUCUCGACUCGAGAUGAUCUCGGAUGCAAUCACAAUAGGACGCAACGAUGA